AUCAUGUAGUUGUGUUGUGGAACGCGCCAUCGCGCCGUAUCUUGCAUUUAUAUCGCGAAGUAAACAAAUUCCUUCCUGAACUAAUAGAUGACAUAAACUGUGAACGAUAUAUUGUGAACUAAUGGACAUUCCUGGACAUUAUCUACGAAAUAUACUGUGAUUGAGAGAAACAAAAAGGCGGGCAAAAUCAGUGCGAGUGGCGAUUAGCGAUCUAUUUAUAGACAGACCCAUGGCGCGAUAAAACUCAAUUACAUGCUACAAAUGUGUAUCAGUGUCACGUUAACAUUCCAAUAAUAGUUUACGUCCUAAUAAUACGUUUUUCAUUACGUUUUGGACAAAAUAACUUCGAUACUAUUGAGGAAAACGUCGCCGCGAAACUAGUUUGACAGCUCAUGAAUGUACACAUUGAAAGGGAACGUAAUGCGCAUGUGUGCGUGUAAGUGAUGUGAAAUUCUUAUGUAUGCGCUUAUCGAUUGGCAAGAUUAUUUCAAGGCCACCGGUGAAGACUAAUGUAUGAUUUAUUAUUUUAACUUGAUAUCAAUAUAUAACGAAAGCUGGUCUUUCAAACAAUAUGGAAUCACCAUUGUUAGAUAGUAAAAAUGUCGAGGUCACAAUGAACAGAUCCGUAAGUUCAAGUUCAAAUCAAUUAAUCCCAGACAACUUGGAGCUUCCUGAUGAUACAUUCCGUAUGAGUUUAGAUAAUUAUUCCAUGAUUGGAGAAAAUGUGACUAUAGGUAGAGAGAUGUCUGUGGACGGUAGUGUGGGUACUAAUGCUGAGACACCCACGGUGGAACUGCCGACCCCAGUACAGACUCCUGAAGUGGAAAAUUCCACUGUCACUUCACCCGAUAUCGUUCACACUCCUGAGAUUCAGUCACCCGAUAUCGUUGAAACUCCUGGUAUUGAGUCACCGGACAUCGAGAGCCCGGCUCCAGAGAAAUCGCCUCCCAUAAUAGAAACUCCUAAAACAAUCGAGAAAGCUGAAACUCGGAGACCACAAACAUUGCUGCAGUUAUCACUGUCGAAGAAGAGUGACAAUGAUAUUUUCGUGAAGCCGUCUCCUGUAGCUGAUCUUAUGUCACCAGCGAAAAUGCUGCAGUUUGAAGUGGAACCCUCCAGCGCCACGCCAACAAUGAAGCGAGCUGCUGUGGACUUUGAUUUCUUCAGUAAACAUAAUUUUGAUGAGUACUUUGCCGAGUCGGAAGCCAAAUGUAACAAUGAAGCUGAGGAUCCGGGAGAUAGCAGCACUUUUAAAGAGACACCGGUUAUCGUGAAGGCUGAUACUGUCAGGCAUGAGAUCGCUUAUGAAAUCGACACGAGUGACGCAGCGUUCCAAAGUCUACUUUCCACAUUCAGGUCGCAGGAUCGAUGGUCGCAGUGGAGCAAAAAUCUAGAGCCACAAGUAUUGGAGUUUGCGCAUCUUCUCGUUGAUGAAGCAUACAGACACUUCGGAGUAGUAAAAAGCACUGCAGAGACUUCUCUAUACAUAUAA